AUGUACUUCACCACUACUACCACCAUCGCCCUCUCCCUCCUAGCAGCCGUCACAGCUUCUCCUCUCUCACCUCGUCAAGGUGGCGCCUUCGUUGCUGUCGGCUUGAAGUAUUCGGGUCCGGGAUGUACAGACUCGACGCUGAUUAACGCGGAUCCCAUCUUUGGCAAUGGGAACAUAUGUCAGCCGCUUGACCGGUUUGGUACUGGAGUGCCGAUUCGGAGUUAUAGUACUUCGAGGGUUUCGGAGGGUUGUAGUGGUAAGUUUCCCUUCUUCAUUAUUUUCAAGGGUUGGAGAUGGGGGAUGCGGGGCGUCAUGAGAGAUUGA